UUCUGCCAAUAAAUAUGGCUGGUCGAAGAUACGCAUUUUCGCUGCCUGAAUCAGCAGCUCCCGAUGCCCACAGUGUAAUCUACUUUAUACCAGUCCUGCAACCAACAACUUUGCACAUAGCAGCGUAUACUGCUAACCGCUCCGAUUCUUACGAUUUAAAAAUUGAUCCUUCGGAGCCUGUUCAAGCCUAUUUUGGAUCCAAUGAAGCCAUCACAAUGUAUAUUUCGGCUCAUAUUCCAUUUCAAGUGAUCGUGUCAAUGCAACAAUUGCUCCUCAAUUAUUUUUUGUUCAAAAGGCAUGUAGAUUUUGGGUGUACAAUGGCUGCUCCAGUUGCAGAGCGCGGUCGUUCUGCCCGUAAACUUUUGAAGAUGUUCAUUACUUGAAA